AUGUCGCGACUGAUAUCUUCGGCCCUCUCGUUGCGACGCGAUCCACGCAUCCUCAAGCUCCCGCCCUACCUUUCGUUAGCAUGCAUUCUCGGCGGUAUUGCUUGGUUGUUUCUGCUGCCUCUUAAUGACUACUCCCGACGAACAUACAUAUCCGAGAACGCGCUGCUCCCUGGCCAAGUGCACACAUACUUCGGGGGAAGCGACCAGAAUGUCCUACGAGCGUACAAGAACGAGGUCAACUCGGUCAGGGACAAGUCCAACUACGAGAUCAACGAUAAACUCGAGGGCAUUCUCAAGAACGUUGGCUUGAAGGUCGGCCGCCAAAACUACACAUACGAAUCAGCCGGCGACGUCUACACGGGCGAGAACAUAUACGCCAUUCUUCAGGCCCCGCGCGGCGACGCCACGGAAGCCAUUGUGUUGGUUGCCGCCUGGAAGACAGUCAACGGCAAAUUCAAUGUCAAUGGCGUACCGUUGGCCCUGACCCUCGCGCGGUACUUCAAACGGUGGUCUCUAUGGUCCAAGGACAUCAUCCUCGUCAUUCCCCCGGACAGCAGAACGGGCACCCAGGCCUGGGUGGACGCAUACCAUGACUCACACGACUCGUCCCGCGUGAGCUCGUUGCCCCUCAAGUCCGGCGCGUUGCAGGGCGCUAUUGCCAUCGACUUCUCGCAGGAGCACCGCUUUGAGUCCAUCCACAUCAUCUACGACGGCAUCAAUGGCCAGCUGCCGAACCUCGACCUCAUCAACUCCGUCGUUAACAUCGCGGGCGGGCAGAUGGGCAUGGGCACCGCGAUCCAGGAGAUGUGGUCGCACUCGGACAAGUACCAAGACCGCCUACGGACCAUGCUCCGCGGCAUGUUGAACCAAGGGCUCGGCCACGCUUCGGGCCCGCAUAGCAGCUUUAUCCCUUACCAUGUUGAUGCUGUCACUCUGCAGCCCUUUGGUGAAGGCUGGCACGAUGAGAUGGGCAUGGGUCGCUUGGUUGAGGGUACGUUCCGUAGCUUGAACAACCUGCUCGAACACCUCCAUCAGAGCUUCUUCUUUUACCUCCUCAUGCACAAGGAGAGAUUCGUUAGUAUCGGCACAUACCUGCCCAGUGCCAUGAUCCUGGCCGCCAGUUUCACCAUAACGGCCAUUUCUCUGUGGGUGAAGAGUGGCCACCAGGAAGAUGGUUCAGAUGCGAAGAGCAUAGCAGCCAAGUCUGAGACGGAAACCACGUCAUCAGAAGGAUCUACCAAAGGUGCUACGAAGGAUUCAGGCUCGCCGACGCCAUCUGUACCGGCGGCCGAACGUGAUCUGUUCCUUCCCUUGGGCCUAGUGGCCAUCUGCCAGUUCUUGGGCGUUGUGCCGCUAUACAUAUUCAACCACAUGCCCGCAAACGUGCUUUCAGGGGCCUAUACGGCCUUUGCGCUCGUUAACUGCGCCCUGCCCUUCCUCAUCUCCUCGCUGCUGACCUCCAUCUAUAACCCGACUGUCCAGCAAUACCAGCUCAUCAAGUCCUUUUCGUUGCUCUUGCUGGGCAUGUUCCUCUCCGCCCUGGCCACCCUCAACUUCUCCCUGGCCUUCCUCGUUGGCGUCAUGGCUAGCCCGCUCUCCUUCAUGCAGCCCUGGCCGCGCCACCCGGCCGUUCGCUGGGCCUGCGCCGCCUUCCUCCAGCUCGCAUCCCCGACGGCGGCGCUGUACUCUGUCUCUUCAUAUUUUGACGUUAGCAUUGGCGAGGUCCUCAAAGAGGCUGCGUUCGGAUGGGACGUUUGGGGCAUGUACACACCUGUCAUCAUCUGGGGCGUGUGGUGGCCUGCCUGGCUCAUGGGGUCCGUCAUUGUGCUCGGACAGCCUGUGGCCAAGACGAAAGCCGUAUAA